AUGAGUCUGAAAACGCAGGCUGCUUUUCCUUAUGCACUGGAAACACCGAAUUGGGACUAUGGACAGGUCGCGGUCGGAAUGGGCGAUAAUGCUAUAAAGUUAUGGAACUUCUCCAGUAAAGGGUCAAUACUUGAGAAAAUGAGGCCGAGCUAUUAUAAAGCAACUACUUUAUGGAAAGGUUUGCAAGGAAAGAUUGAAAAGAUUAGAUGGCAUCCUACAAGAGAAGGUUUGCUUGCAUUUGGAAAUGAUCUUGGCCAUAUAGGAAUACUCAAUGUCACAGAUACAAGUCGUCAGAUGUUCAAAAUAUUUCACAAUGCACGAGGCGCACCUUACAUUGACUGGGGAGGAGACAUGGCAACUGCAUUGAAUUGCGCUGAUAUGACGAAUACUUUAAUGUCGUGCGGACAAGAUGGAGUUAUACACGCUUAUGAUGCGAAUAAUCCAAAAAACCCGCCUUUCAACAUAAAUGAAAAGAUAAGGGACCUAAAUGCUGCCUGGGUAGAGAGUUUGAUAGCGAUGGAGACUUUCCCAUUCUGCAUAAAAAUUGACGAGCAGCAUAGGUUUAUAGCAGUAGGCCAUAACACUGGAUUGGUCGAAGUUUACAAUUUGAAAGAUCUAAAAGUAAUUUAUGUAUCAAACUAUCAUCGUCAACUUAUCAAAGCACUGGAUUGGAAAUGCAGGGUUUUAUUGGCUUCUGGGGCUAGUGACGGCACCAUUGCUGUGCAUGAUAUCAAUACUCACGAUCUACAGAAUCUACCAGAUAUUCCUGUACCACGUCCGGAACCAGCUUACCGUGUCAAUGGCCAUAGAAAUGGAAUUAAUGAAUUGAAAUGGGGCCCUCAUAAAGACAAAUGCCUGCUUGCUUCUGCAUCUGAUGAUAGCUUUGCAAUUGUUUGGAGUAUUCCAGAUUGUAAAGCUGUAUCACUGUUCAAUAAGCAUCGCUACAGGGUAUUAUCCAUCAGCUGGAACCUGGAAGAACCUAAUUUCAUAUUUACGGGAAGUGAAGAUAGAUUCAUUUAUGAGUGGAAUUACACAGACUUUCUUGCAAAUACAAAACUACCUCAGGAAACCCCUGCAACUCGACAGCUACUCGACGUUUUUAAUGAAGCAGAGAAAAUGACUAGCAAACUCAGAAAAGCACAGUAUUGCCUUAUGUUUGCGGACAGCAAGUUAGGUAAUUCGGUGAAGAAGGCUAGUGAAAAACUACUGAAGACCUAUUUAACCGAAGAACAGAGAAAGGACUCUGUGAUUACAAAGUAUGGUGAUUUUUGGUCUGGCACUCGGUUUCAAACAGAUUCUCAAAGAAACUUUGAGCGUAUUUAUGAGUUGUUUUUCGGUAACAAGAAUGAUAUCAGACAACUGAUUAAUUUGGAUGCGGCCAUGUUGAAACAAAAUCAACGAGAAAGUGUCAGCCCUAUUUAUACUUUCAUUAAGGACUCAUCUUCGCAAUCAGAUACAGAAUUAGUAAUGGAUAUGAUGCGUUGUCAGCUUGAUUUUUUUCAAUCAAAUGAUAAAGAUCCACCAAAAGGCCUACUGUCUGAUUGGAUAGCAAUUGCAUUUAGUCCAAUGGCUGGUAAACAAAAAUGGAUGGAGCUCUUAUUAAAGCAAGCUACGAAACUCGAAGCCGAAAAGCAAUACAAUCUAGCUGCAUCAUGUUAUAUCGCAUGCUCGCAUAUUAAGGAUGCUGUUGAACUGUAUAAAAGACAUGAUAUGUUUUUGGAAGCAAUUGUACUGGCCAAAUUAAGACUUCCUGCAAAAGAUCCAACUGUCCAGGAACUACUGGGAGUGUGGGCUAAGAAGUUGCAGAUGCAAGAACAGGAUUUGCUGGCAGCGACAUGGUAA